AUGCCACCACCUGCAACAGUGAAAGAUGUUCAAAAGCUAAAUGGAUUGAUAGCUUCGUUGGGAAGGUUUAUUUCACGAUCUUCGGAUAAAUGUAAGCACUUUUUUAGCAUAUUAAAGAAGGGGACCAAAUUUGAGUGGACGGAAGAAAGUGAUAAAGCAUUGCAGAGCAUAAAAAAUUAUUUGGUGAAUUUAUCCAUUAUGCAAAAAGCCAAGACAGGAGAAGAAUUACUACUCUAUUUAGCAUCAACAUCGCAUGCGGUAAGUGCAAUAUUAUUACGCUCGGAUGACGGGGUAGAAAAACCAAUAUAUUAUAUAAGUAAAACAUACAACUCAGCAGAGAAAAAUUACUCAAAGAUUGAAAAGCUAAUUCUCGCUUUGGUGUAUGCAUCAUUCAAGCUUCGCAUUUACUUUCAAGAUCAUAAGAUCAAGGUAUUAACGAAGGUACCAAUUGAACCAAUAAUGAAGAAUUCAAAAAGAUCAGGGAGAGUUGAAAGGUGGAAUGCACAGUUAAGAAAUUAUGAAAUUGGUUACGAGAUUUUAUCUUCACCAAAGUCUCAAGUUAUCGCAGAGUUUCUCGCAGAAUUUCCAUUAGAAGAAGAUGAAUAUGUAGAAGAAAUGAUGGAUAUGGAUGAAGACUAUGGGAAUCCCACAGACUUAUUAACUGAUCGGAAUUCAAAUAGAUGGGAAAUAUUGGUAGACAGAUCAUCCAAUGGAGAAUGGAAUGGAAUUGGUAUUGUAUUCAUUUCACCAACAGGAGGGAGAGUGGCUUAUUUAUUCAUAUUGGAUUUCGCAUCCACCAAUAAUGAGACUGAAUAUGAAGCAGUUGUAUAUGCACUAAAGCUAGCAAUUGAAGUGAAGAUAGAAGAUGCACGAAUAAUUAGUGAUUCACAACUAGUAAUUCGACAAAUAGAAGGUACAUAUUGUACAAAUGAACCAUCUUUGCAAAAAUACAAACAGUUGGCUAUGGAUCUAGCAGCGCGAAUUCAAAAAAUAAGUUGGAGACCUAUAGGCAGAAAGGACAAUAGACUCGCAGAUGCAUUGGAUUUCAUACCUUCCAUGUUAAAAGACCCAGUUGCAAGAGACAUAAAAAUUCAAACACUAUUUUUACCAUCAAUAGAGAAAGGAGAAACAAUACAAACAGAUAUGAUGGCGAUAGAAGAUAUGGAAGAAGAAAAUGUGAGCGAAGACAAAGAUUGGAGAACUGAAAUCCAUUUAUACUUAGAGAAGGGAGAAGUACCAAGAAAAAGGUUGGAGGCACACAAAUUAAAAAGUCGUGCGACGAAUUAUGAAUUGAGAGAGGGCGUUCUUUAUAGAAGAUCCUUCCUGGGACCUUCGCUCAGAUGUCUUACGCGAAAAGAAGGGAUACAAAUUUUAAAGGCAUUACAUUAUGGAGAUGUCGGUAAUCAUCGCGGAGGAAGGUCACUCAGAUAUAGAUCAAAGAUACAAGGCUACUAUUGUCCAUACAUGCAUGAUAAAUGUUAA